AUGGAGUCCAUAGCAACGAAAGGGCUCAAAGACCUGGUCAAGAUCUUCCAGCCCCUGGACACUGAGCUGUGGGAGAUACAUUUGAGGAAGCUGUUUGAGAUCAAGGAUGACUUAUGCCAGCUGUCCUACAGGCCAUGGGGCUCCAUAUCCCUGGAUUUCAUUAAAGGAUUACCACCCUCGAAGGGGUAUGACUCCAUCUUGGUCAUCAUCGACAGAUUGACCAAGUUUGCUAUUCUGGCCCCUACUCACAAAACGGUCACAGCAAAACAGACUGCUGUAUUGCUAUGGGGUCAUCUAGUCAGACACUUCAGCUAUCCAGAUCACAUGGUCUUGGAUCGAGGAAGACAGUUCAUCUCAGGAGCAUGGAAGGCAUUCAUGGAGCAAAUGGGCAUGAAACAUUCACUCAGUAUGGCUUAUCAUCCUCAAACUGAUGGACAGAUGGAGAGAGUCAAUCAGGUCAUGGAGCAGUACUUACAGAUGUACUGCAACUAUGAACAGAAUGACUGGGCCAACUUGCUCAACACUGCAGUGUUUGUGUACAACAACACAGUUCACAAUAGCAUUGGUGUCUCACCAUUCUUUGCAUGUUAUGGAUGGAACCCCAAAGCCCAUCCAGACAUACCUCAGCAACUAGGAGUAAAUGAUCCUGGUCAUUUUGAGUACUUAGUUGAUGGCAAGGAGUGCUGCAAGUACCUCCAAGAGCAGAUCAGAGAGGCACAACAUUGGACAGUGGACCAUUACAACUGGAAGCACAAGGACAUUGAAUUCAACGUCAGCGAUAUGGUUUAUAUCAAUCACUGGAACUGGAAGAUGAGGCAACCCACACCAAAACUGGAUACCUGGUUUGCAGGACCUUACCCGGUCCAGGAAUGA